GAGAGAGAGAGAGAGAGAGAGAGAGAGAGAGCAAAUGCAAAUGAGCGGGCGAAACGUAAAUGUAAACUCAGUGUUUUACGCGGAGGCGUAUCAUCCGGUUCAAGCGGGAAGCAUAGACGGCACCGACAUUCUCCCUCACGACAACGCUGUCUACAGAGCCUUCCUUUGCUCCUCCGCUGGCCUCUAUGACCCCUUGGGCGAUCCCAAGCUCAUCGGCGACCCUUAUUGCACCCUCUUCGUCGGCCACCUCUCUCACCUCACCACCGAACAAUCUCUUCGCAAGGCUUUGAGCAAGUAUGGUCGAGUGAAGGACUUGCGCUUGGUCAGGCACAUUGUAACUGGUGCCUCACGCGGCUAUGCAUUUGUUGAAUAUGAAACCGAAAGGGAGAUGCAGCGUGCAUAUAAGGAAGCUCACCAUUCCUUUAUUGAUGAUUCUGAAGUUAUAGUUGAUUACAACAGACAGCAGUUGAUGCCAGGGUGGAUUCCAAGAAGAUUAGGAGGGGGUCUUGGUGGUAAGAAGGAAUCUGGACAACUUCGUUUCGGAGGACGUGAAAGACCAUUUCGAGCACCUCUGCGUUCAAUCCCGUAUGAUGAUUUAGAGAGACUUGGGAUCCCACCUCCUCCAGAAGGAAGAUACAUGUCACGCUAUCAGGUCCCAUCCCCACCCAGAAGGAAAAGGAGCUCUGUGGAUAGGGAGGAAGGUAUUCAUAAAAGGUCCAUGGAGAGGGGAGCGAACAUGCGCAAAAGCAGUCCUGUGGAGAAGGAAGAAAUGUCUCACAAAAGAUCUAUGGACCCAGAGGACCAUUCAUUCAAAAGGAGCUCUGUUGAGACAGAACACCAUCGCAACAGGAGCUCCAUUGACAGAGCAGAGCUCUCUCACAAGAGGACCUCGAGGGAUAGGGAUGAUCGUUCUCACAAGGGCACAAGUCCCAUCGCCAUGAGAGAUCCACUAGCCAUGAUCACUAUUAAGAUUUGCAAUUGGGAACGGCACCAAGGAGUCAUGGAAACACCCACUAAGGAGAGGAGUCACUACUAGUGAUAAAUAUCAGUGUGCAAACAGCAAGGUGCUUGCUUAAGACCCUGCUGGAACACUAAAGAACUAGUGAUCAAGCACAAUUUGGCCAGGAGCUAGUGGUGAUCCGGAUUCAAGUCAAAACAUCGGCAUGAGUUAAAUGUCUUAACUGUUAACCAUAACAGUCCAAAAUAGUUUACAUUCCUGCAAAGUUAGCCAACCCAUUUCUCAUCCUGUUUAUUCAUAUGUGAAAGCUAGCACCAAGGCUACAGGAUUUAGGUUAGAGCAGGAUUUUGACUUUGUUGGUGAUGCAGAUGGCUGCUGUGGAAUUGACUAUACGACGAUUUUGAACUUGUUUUACUUCGCAAAGUCGGUAAACAUUAUUUGAGUUAUGAUUCCAGCUCAAUAAAGUUCUCUUAUUCAAGGUUCCCAAGGGUAUAAAGAGCAUGAAAGUUAUCGUUCAAUGCAACUUUGGUGAAACCAAAGCCAUCCUAAGUUCACAGGAAAGAAGUCAGCAAAUCUUACCUCUAUUAUCUGUGUAGUAUAUUUAUAGUGAAGCUAAUAUAUUUCGCCUGAUAGUAUGAUAUUUGUGGACUGAUGGUUUGCCAACCAUUAUGUUGAACGGCUUUUUUGGAUCUUUUGGUGUUGUAGAAGUAUGCCGAUGGCGAGGGCAAUGAGCUCGCCCUUUUGCACUCAA